AUGAAAGAAGAACAACUAAGCGAUGAUUGUAAUGAAAUUCUCGAUUUGACCGAUGAUUUGCAAAGAGGAGAGAAAUGUUCGAUUUGUGGUGGAAUGCAUGCGAGGAGAGCUUAUGGAGGAAUGGCUUGCGGAAGUUGCAAGAGUUUUUUCUUCCGUGCUUCAACUUCUAGACGGAAAGCGUCAAUUUGUCAGAAUUCUGGCCUUUGCACUCCACCGGAUUUUCUGAAUUUUGCUAAAAACAAAUGUAUCGCUUGUCGAUUCCAAAAAUGUAUUGAAGUUGGAAUGAUUCCAGAGAUCACAGCUCGACGCGCCGGUUGUGAGCUUCGGAAGCGUUGUGGUCUGAUUCAAUCCAAAGAAAUUGACUUAAAAGUGAUCAAAAAAGAGCCAAUUUCAUCAAAAACUCAUCAAAUCGAUCUCAGAGAAUUUCAAAUGGCUGCUCAAAAUUUCGCGCGUCCUUUGCUAUACGAGAGAUUAGAAGCUGUUGAUGUUGUGAGAAGUUUGAUGAACAUUCAAAACAUGAUUACCCAAGAUCUUCACGGGCGUCUUGUUUUCGAUUUCCCUUACUCUUUCGAGCUUUCUCUCAAUCAAGUUUUGCACAAUCCGACCGCCGUUUGUUCAAGAAUACCGCUUGGCUACGAUGAACCCGUCGAGCCAAAUAUUCCACUUGAGCAACUGCCAGCGAUGGCCGCGAGAAUAGUGGCCAGAGCACUAGUCCAUUGCACCGAUCUCUUUCGAGCAAUUCCCGAAUUUUGGCAUCUUAAUGAGCAAGAUCGGAUCAAAUUGAUUAGCACACAAUUCGCUAUGCAAGGAAUGUUCAACGACUACUAUCACACUUCUAAAUAUAACUUUAAAAACGGUCUCUUGUCAGCUCUUGGAUUCAGAAUUAUUGCUCCCGAUUGUCCCGUGAACACCGUGCCGGGGAUUGAUGUUUUUUUUGAGGACACUUACAAUUGGCAUGUUCCCUAUGGAGUGAAACUUGUUAUUCCAGCGAUUCAACGCGGUGAGAUGCUCGACGAAGAAUUUCUCCUAAUCAAAACAAUUCUUUUGUUCUCAUCAGCUGUGGGAUUUUCCGAUGCGAGUGCUCAAGUGAUGCGCAAUGCUUUCAACAAAUACACGAGCAUCUUGCUGGAGCACCUGAAGAACCGAUUUCGAAGUCCUUCAAUGGCGAUUGAAAGGUUCACGGCUUUAAUGAGUAUUCCAAACUAUUUGCUGAACGCAGCUCCAAAAAUAAACGCCGAAUUGGGCAGAAACACUUUGAUUAAAUAUUGCAAACUCGAGGGACCACUGCUUGAAGAAAUCUUUCACAGACAA